AUGGCCGACUCGACGCUACAAAAGUAUGUAGCCGCAGGAUGCUUGGUCGUUUCUCAGUCCCAGACCCGAUUUUCCGAUGAAGUAUGGUCCCUGGAGGACCUCCGCCGAUGGAGGUGUUUCCUGCAUCCAGAGGAGCUCGGCUCCGCGGUUAAGCAGUGCGCUCCUGCUUCACACCUGGACCCAGGAUUACAAGAGCUACUUCUCCAUUCUGCCAUUCUUUCUCCAUUCCUAAAACUCUUUCAAAGGCGGUGGAUUCAAUUUGAGUUCUGCACUUGUGCUGGCGCACCCGACCAUGGAAUUAUCAGGGUGUAUGUCCUUCCUGAUGACAUCGACCGGCGAUCGGUGCCACGGUCAGACUCCAGGCUCAGAAAGGAUCUCCAGUGCCUCAUCCCGCUUCUUGACGUAUCGGUUGACCUUUGGCAAGGAAAUUUUCAAGCAUCGCGAGCUGCUGUGCCUGCAGCUCCUCAGACUCCCGAGGAUUCUGAUGAUGCGUCGCUACUUCAACUAUUCAACUCCAUCCCACCACCUGAUCCACAUCCAGAGCGUGUACAAGACCUAGAGCAACAGAGAGCCAUCUAUAUCUUGCUCGGAGGCACCGUAAGCGGUCUCAAAACGCCAUUGUAUGGCUACCAGGAACGCUCCGCGGCCCUGAUGUUGGAGAGAGAGUUCGAGCCUGGACAGGUCCUUGACCCGCGUCUUAUGAAGAAGCAGGACCUGAGAGGCGACACCUUUUAUUAUGACGAGGCUACUGCGACAGUGCUACGAACGCCGCGCUCGUACGGCGGCAUCUCCGGCGGCAUUCUCGCGGAAGAAAUGGGCGCAGGCAAGACGCUGAUCUGUCUUGCCAUCGUCAUGGCGACCAAGGAGUUCCCGGCCGAGAUCCCUGCGCAUCUGAGCUGUCCCAGCAACCCCCGCCCUCGGGUUGGCUCUCUGGCAGAUAUGGCUGCCGCCGUCGUGACACGGAACUCGAUACCUUGGCGGCUGUAUCUCGGCGAUGGCUACACGAAUUGCGCUGAUGCAAUCCAGAGGAAUCCAGGAUGGUACCUGCUUCCGAGUCCACCGCCACGUCGGCAAAGCCGCCACCCGAUCGCUCCAGUGCCUUCCAAGAAGAUAUAUCUUAGCGCCACCACCUUGGUGAUCGUACCCGCCAAUCUGGUCAAGCAGUGGGAGCAAGAGAUCCGCAAACAUACCGAAGGGCUCAAAUACGUGACCGUGUCCGGCAAGAAAGACGUUCCAACUCUCAGGGAGCUUCUCAGAUGUGACCUUGUGCUGUUCUCGAUCCCUCGAUUUGAAAAGUUGAUUGAAGACCGUGCCACGGACCGUACGGGUGCCUGGGAGCUCAUCUCGCCGCUGUCAUCCAUCCACUUCAAGAGGGUCAUUGUCGACGAGGGCCACAAGUUGGGUAAUUCGAGAAUCAGCAGAAAGAGCAAUCUGUUGCUCGUCCUCGAGUGUCUUCACAUUUCCGCUCGAUGGAUCGUCACGGGAACGCCGUCCACUGGACUUUUUGGACUGGACGAUUCACAACCCGCCACGCCGGUGAACGAGCCGAGCGGCGAGGGUGAUGUAUCACCAACCUCACCCACAAAGAGCCUGUCCAAGCAACUGGCAGAAAGUUCCAACAUCCUAGAGCGCAGAGACUUGGAGAGGAUAGGUUCCAUGGCAAGUCUGUACCUGAAAGCCCGACCCUGGGCAAACACCAUCUACGACGAGGGAGAUACGCCUGCAGACUGGUCGGUAUAUGUCAUGCAGCCGCAGCACAGCAGCAAGAGUGCGGGGCGCAAGGACUGUCUUCUAGCGACACUCAACUCGUUGAUCAUUCGCCACCCAAAGUCGCAGAUAGGCGACUUGUUGCCUCCCGUAGAUGAGAAGAUCGUCGUGUUGGAUGGGUCUUACCAAGACAAGCUCUGCCUGAAUCUGUUUUCCAUGAUGAUCAUCUUCAACGCGGUGCAGUCGCAGAGGACGGACCAGGACUACUUCUUCCACAAGACGCAGCGGAGCAGCCUCGCGCAGCUGGUCCACAACAUCCGCCAGACGAGCUUCUUCGGGGGCUCGUUCUUCUCCACCUCGGAGAUCGAGAAGGCCGUCGAGACGGCCGAGAAGUUCCUGGAGGAGAAGAAGGUGCUCGUCACGGCGGACGAGGGGCAGCUGCUCCGCGAGGCCAUCGCCGUCGGCAAGGUCGCCGCCAGGAGCAGGCUCAAGGCGCUCGCCAACGCCUUCCACGAGGUGCCGGUCUACGUGAGCGGCCUGCCCGGCGGCGACCGCCUCGCCGAGGCCUGGUCCCUGGACUCGCGGCCGGGCGGGCUCGUGUGCACGAGCGCCCCCUUGCUCCACGCGCUGCAGAAGGCGCUGCGCCCUUGCCUCGACGCGCCGCACUCGCUGCAGGUGAUGCUCAACGACGGCCGGCUGGUCGACCUGGGGUGGCAGCAGCGGCUCAAGGCGGAGGAGCAGCUGGACCGGGCGGCGGCGGCGGCGGGAUCGGGCGGCGGCUCUGGUGGCCACGGUUCCGGGCGCGACCGCACGCUGGCUGGUAAUACCAAGCUCGGCGAGGACAGCCCGAAGAAGGGCCGGGCGGGGCUCAUCACGGCCCAGGAGCGGAUGAUAGGCACGCUGGACGCCGACGGCCCGGGAGAUGUCUCCGGGAUCGAGGUGGCUGAGCCCCUGGCCAAGGCACAGAUCGUGUCGACGGCGUCUGCGAAGCUGUCGUACCUCAUUGACUCGAUCCUCAGGUAUAAGGACGAGGAGCAGAUCAUCGUGUUCUACGAAAAUGACAACGUGGCGUUCUACCUGGCUGGGAUGCUUGAAGUGUUACAAAUCCACCAUCUGAUUUACGCAAAGACGCUCACGACGGAGCGGCGGGCGCAGUACAUUGACACCUUUAAUCACAACCCCAAGUUUCGCGUCCUCCUGAUGGACAUCACCCAGGCGGCGUUCGGCCUGGACAUGCGCUCCGCGUCGCGCAUCUACAUGAUCAACCCGGUGCUCAACCCGCAGGUGGAGGCGCAGGCCAUCGGCCGCGUGCGCCGCAUCAGCCAGAAGCGGCGCGUGUCGGUCGAGACGCUCGUGCUGCGCGGCAGCCUCGAGGAGCUCAUCGUCGAGCGGCGGCGGAGCAUGACGCAGGCCGAGCACCGGCGGUGCAAGAGCAUCCUCGACGACCCGCCCAUCUUUGAGUGGAUCCGCAACGCGAGGAUCCUGCCGCUUGGCGAUGGAGGACCAAGGGGGCAGGAGGAUGGAGCAGAGCGGGGGGGCGGUGAGGGUGAGGGUGGGGAUGGCGACGAGAUGUUUGGCGGGCCGGAGCAGAUGGCGCCGCUGAGGAGGCCGCAGUACGUGUUUGGGCGGGAGUUUGGGCGGGUCGAGCACCCGGAUGAAGGGUUGGUGGGCGUCGUGGAGAGGCAGCAGCAGAGAGCCGUGGCGGGAGGAGGAGGAGGAGGGCAAGGGGUGAAGAGGGCCCGCGCGGUGGAGGGGCCGGAAGAGGGCGGAGACGGUGCCGGUGUUGGAGUACAGGUGCAACAAACGGCAUCGGUGGCACCGGCAACACCGCCGCCGCGGAAACCGAAGAAGGCGCGGGUGCAGGUGCGCUUUGCCGGCGCGGAUGAGGAUGAGUAA